GUUCCCUGGGUUGCCCCCCAUUCAUUUCCUGAGAACUGCAGAGAGCAGCUGAGAGGCUCUGCUUGUGCGUGUGCGUGUGAGUGUGUGCGCGCGCGUGUGAGAGAGAAAGGGCGAGGGAGAGGGAGAGAGGGACUCUGUGUGAGGGAAAGAAAACAAUUUCUCCUGCUCUGCAGCUUCUGUUCAGAGGGUUGGAUCCAGGAAUCCCCUGGAUACCAAAGUCGAGAAUGGAUCAAUGUGACUCUCUUAACAAAUGGAUGUAUGAGUAUCCAUAUGAAGAGGAAAACGAUAAAGAAUAUCAACACCUUUGAGAACAGAAUGUUAAUGCUUGAUGGGAUGCCGGCAGUCAGAGUCAAAACAGAGCUUUUGGAAUCUGAACAAGGGUCUCCAAACGUCCAUAACUAUCCCGAUAUGGAAGCCGUUCCCCUGUUGCUAAAUAACGUGAAAGGGGAGCCUGCGGAGGACUCAUUAUCGGUAGAUCACUUCCAAACACAGACUGAGCCUGUGGACUUGUCAAUCAACAAAGCCAGGACAUCCCCUACUGCUGUUUCAUCCUCCCCAGUUUCCAUGACAGCCUCUGCCUCCUCACCUUCUUCCACUUCGACCUCUUCAUCAUCUUCCAGUCGCCCAGCCUCAUCCCCAACUGUUAUAACAUCAGUGUCUUCAGCAUCACCCUCGUCAACAGUAUUAACUCCAGGACCCCUUGUUGCCUCUGCAUCUGGUGUGGGGGGCCAGCAGUUUUUGCACAUUAUCCAUCCUGUACCGCCUUCGAGCCCCAUGAAUUUACAGUCUAACAAGCUGAGUCACGUUCACCGAAUCCCCGUGGUGGUACAAUCGGUGCCUGUUGUCUACACAGCUGUACGUUCACCUGGAAAUGUGAACAACACUAUUGUUGUGCCGCUUUUGGAGGAUGGGAGAAGCCAUGGCAAAGCACAAAUGGACCCCCGAGGCCUAUCUCCCAGACAAAGUAAAAGUGACAGUGAUGAUGAUGACCUGCCAAAUGUGACCUUAGAUAGCGUUAAUGAAACUGGAUCUACGGCCCUUUCCAUAGCCAGAGCAGUACAAGAGGUACAUCCAUCCCCAGUAUCAAGGGUCCGGGGAAAUCGAAUGAAUAACCAGAAGUUUUCUUGUUCAAUUUCACCAUUUAGUAUUGAGAGCACAAGACGCCAGAGACGGUCUGAAUCCCCAGACUCCCGGAAACGGCGGAUCCACAGAUGUGACUUCGAGGGAUGCAACAAAGUGUACACAAAAAGUUCUCACCUGAAAGCUCACCGGAGGACACACACAGGGGAGAAACCCUACAAGUGUACCUGGGAAGGCUGUACCUGGAAAUUCGCCCGCUCAGAUGAACUGACGAGGCAUUACCGCAAACACACGGGAGUGAAGCCAUUCAAGUGUGCGGACUGCGAUCGCAGCUUUUCCCGGUCAGACCACUUGGCAUUGCACCGCCGGAGGCAUAUGUUGGUGUGAGGAAGGCUAUCUGUCCAGCUGGGCAUAAGAGCUGGAUCUCUUAGCAGCUUCCAAUUCAGCAGGGCUGAAUCCCCUUCGAAGUGUUAACACAAAAGGGCAUCACCGUCCCACGAUGUCUGAAACCAGAGCAGGAACAAGAAGGAACACUUCUCCUUUCGGUCUGAAGGUAACCCCCAUCCUGACUGCUCGAGAGACGUCCUCUUGCUGGCCUGGGAGUUCAGCCACACAAAUGCUGAAGAGACAGGCAUUGUUUCCGUGCUGUGUCCUCUGCCAUUUAAAGAUGUUUGUAGCCUGUACAUUUUCUGAGCUGUCAGACAUUUUAUUAUCAAUACCUUAAAGGUCAUCUACCACAAAUUGAUGGCUAGAGCAAGACCUUUUAAAUUUGGAUAAAUCUCUCAUCACACCCCACCCUCCUUGGCCCCUUUUAAAAAAAAGAUUUGAGUUCCUGUCUAAGUAAGCUAGAACACACAUCCAGUCUGUUACCAGCAAGCAGCAUGAACAUAGAAAGGAAGAAGUUGUUGGAGAGGUUCCAUUACCUGAAAAUAAAGGUGCACUCAAGCAGCCCUUUGCAAUAGUGAUGGCAGCAACUAGAUACCACUCACAGCUUGUCAUCAUGCCAUGCCCUGAAGAAAACCAACACUGAAUCUUUCAUUUGUUUGUCAUUGAUUGUUUUCAUUUUGUUUUGAUUCCGUUUUGUUCAUCUGUUCGAGCAGAGGGGCAGCGACAUUUCAGUUGAAGUCUAGUCCUGGUCUCUGCCCUGGCAUGGACUGGUACAGAGAUGUUCUGUAGUUGAAUAGGAAGAGCCUGUCUAAAAAAAACUACUGCCCCACUUCAAAUUGCAGUGUUCUGUCACCUAGGCAUCAUUUCUUCCUAUCCCUAGUGUUUGAUUACAAGGAAUAGGGGGAAAAAACUUUCAUAGACACACAGGCACCAAGGUAAGAGGUGGGGCUGCCCAGGCAAAGUCAGUGCACGUGAAAAAUCAGACAAAGCAGAGAUGGAAAUAAUGUGCCUCCUGAGGAGAAAAGCAAUAAUGAAUAAAAGGACUUUUCUACAGUAACUUCACUGAGGACUCACGUUACCAAUUUUCAUACUUACUAAAGGGAUUGUAAAAGCACCCCAGCAUUUUAGAUGUCUUGGUUACAUUUACAGCACUGAGGUAAUCUUUCUGCUGUUUGUUGUCCUGCUUGGUUGAGUACCACAAUUAAAGAUUAUCCUCCCCUUUUCUUGUUUGAAAACAGUUAUUUGGUGACUAGAAAGGCAAAGGAGAUAGCUGGGAGUUAACUCUUUGAUUAAUGGGUCAGUUCUCCUUGGAACUGAGGAGGUGGGAAGGGACUGAUCUCUGUAGAAAGCCUGCCAUGGUGCUAGCUUCCUCUCUUGGAGAGCCAAGGAUAAGUGACUCUCCAGUUGGUUCUCCUAUACACAUUUCAUUUUUUAAACUGUAUUAGGACCCAGUGGUCCUGCAUUGGCAUCUGCAGGGAUAUUGAACCUAUUCAUCCUGAGAUGAGGAUGAGGGGAAAGUAGAAUCCCAUCAACCCUCAAAAAUCUUGAGCCUUUUGCAGCUAGCAAAGUAUACAGUAAAUAAAGCAAUGCAGCACCAACAAAUAUUCUUUCAGAAAAAUUAUCAUAUUUUUGUCCCCACUAAAAGCUGUUUUUUCCCAGCUUUAUGUGGCUAAGGGGCUUGGUAAGAUGUCGUUGUUGUUGUUGUUGUUGUAGUUGUUGUUGUUGUUAUUGUUGUUGAUGUUAGGAUUUUUUAUAGCUUAGAUAUAAAAGGUCUCCACCAAAGACCUUUGCGCAUAUAUUUUAAUUACAAACACUUGAUUUGGAGAAUUGCACAAAUCAACCUCACAAUAUUCCUAGCUCAUUUUUAAAUGUUUGAACAUUCUGAAAUUAUUUCCAGUGACAGAAUUUUUAAGAUCAUCUUCUAAUUCAGAUAAUCUUAUUCUGAUGAAGCAAGAACUAUGAACAUUGCAACAAAGAUGAUUUGUGUUGGGUGGUAUUAAAAGGAAUUUCAGGUCAAAUUCUGGCUUCACAAAUAUGUGCUCUAUAUUUUCUGCCAGAUCUGAAAAAUUCAGCGGCAAUUUCCCUCCAACAAGGGCUGCAAUUCUAUUGACAGGUUCUUCAGCUAACAAUUUGCUACCCACCAACCAUGGGUUUUGGGUUUUUUUAACCAACUGAAACAUUUUUUAUCUGUACUGUAUGCAACUCCUACUUUGCAUUGCCUAUGACCAUUCACAAUAGAAAAAGGUUUCUUGAUGCAUGCCAGCACUGGUUACUGGUCAAUGGCAAAGAAUAUGAAGAGAAGCAAACACAACUAUGAACUUCCAAGGUUGGUCCCAGCACCUUGUUGGCAGGUAAUAGGGGAGUCAUCAUGCAAAGUGUAGAUUUGAGCUGGUCCUGCCUGCUCUCAAAAGAGCCAACCCUUUUCUCUGCUGAGAGGUGUCUUGAGAGUAUUGCAAGUAGACAAGGUUUUUAGAAUUAAUUGAACUGACAGGUAGUGGAGUCUUCCUGAGUGACAGCUUGAUUUAAAGUUAGCACAGAACUAAAUGAGCUUUACUUGUCUAAUAAUAUCAGAAAGAGUUAGGGAAGUAAGCUUUUCUCACCUUCCAAAGUGAAAACUAGACUGAGAUUGUAAGUUAACUGAUCAAAACCGGCAGCAUUGCACCAUUUCCCCUUCUGACAUCACAGUUCUAAGAAGGGAUCCAAGCACAAGUAGGUGAGUGAGUCACUGAGCUAGCCCCAGAACUGAAACUUAUUUGGGGCUUGUCUUGAGAUAAAGCAAAUUCACUUUGGUGAGUUUCCUAAAACUGUUUUCCUGUGUAAAGGAAAAUAGUUUGGAGCAGAAGGAAAUGGGAUGUCUUUAGGCACAGGAAAGCAUCUUUUCUGUCUCAUGGGCCUCUUUUCCAUCUCUUUGGAAAAGCACAGUACAUGAUGAAUUACAGGAAAGGGAUAGAAUCUUAAAGGACUUUUUAAGUUGUUCUCUAACUAGAAACAUUCUUUGGUUUUAAGUUUGAAGCUGCUCAACUUGCAGCUAGAGAUAAAGUGCAUAGUGGGGAACUUUCAUACACGUACUCAUAGUUAUAUCACGUAAACUUGCAGGAGAGCCGACUUUCUCUUUGCAUUGCAGAGACUAGAUUACAAGAAGUUAUGGUACUUGAAAAGUUAUGAGGUUCAGUCUUUGCAGUUUCAACAGAGUCCCUUAUAUUGUGAUCCUGAGUUGUUUGGAGAGAGAUUCACACUUCCCCAUCCACUUCCUGCCUUACCUCACCAGCUGUGUGCGGACUCUACUUGGUGACUUGUCUUAAGUUCUAUUAAGGCAUUUAAACCAAGAUCUCUAAAUGGCUUUCUCAUAGGGAUUAUACUGCUGCCUUUACAAAACUCAUAGGGUAUUUUUUUCAAAAGCAGUUGGAUACCCCACUUUUUAAAAUGAGCACUUUUUAUUCACUUUAAAAUUUAAGUGGGAAAAAGGAAGGUAGAUUGUCAAACUCACAAAAUGCUACAGUGUUUAUAAAUGCCAGGUCAGGUCGAAGGUGAUUAGGAGGGCCAUUUUAAUUAUGGUUGAAAUUUGGAAUGGCGUGUGCAAAGAUUGUGUUCAUUUUUAUACAACUGUUUUAACUUUAAAUUGCCAUUUAUGUUUUAAACGUAAAUAAAUUCUGCACUUUGAAAUCAGUUCAUUAGAAUGAUAAAAUGUAUAUGGAUAAAGAUGCAGUAUUCCUUAUUCUGUACUUUAUUUAUUAUACUUACCAAAGCUGAAAUUGAAUAAAUCUGGUGAGGUGAGGCCUUCAGAUGUAUUAACACGCCUUUGUUAUGUUGUUUUGACAGCUUAGAAAUGUAGCCAUGAUGUUGUUGUACACCUGUCUUAACAUUUACAAUGAGCACUGACAGAACUGAAGCAGUGUUAACAAUACCAGCAUCUGUGCUACAGAGUGAGUAGAAGGGACUGAAUGUGAGAUAAUUUUGAUAAACCAUAAUAGGCCCAGAAAGCCUUAAUAUUCAUAGUUCAUAAUCCACUCUCAGAUUUUAUUCUUUAUUAAUAACUACAAAUGUAUUAGGUAAAUAAGUUCUAGCACAUCAUUGACCAAAUACCUUCCUCUAGUUUUUCUGAGGUAAUGCAUACAAUAAAAAAUAGCCUUUUCAGUUUGACUUGGUUUAGUUUAGAAAGGGGUUGGUAAGUCCUGUCUUCCAUUUACACUUCUACUUGUCCCCGUACUGCCUUCAACUUACCUGAACAGACAGCCCCAACAUAUGCACAUGUGUACACACACCUGUAUAUGCAGCAGCCAGUGGGGUCAUGAAUACCAACAAAGAACUUUUUUAAAAAAAGAAUUUGUAAUAAUCCAUACUAUCUAGAAAUGUAAGUUAUUUACCUUACUAGGAAAUCAGCUUAUAAUACUAUAUAUGACUUUGCCUGCAUUUUAUAGUUAAGAAAUGUACAUAAAAAUUAAAAAUACUAUAUUUUCACAGUUUCAUUAUAGAGUAAUGUCUGUGUAGCAACCCAUGUCCAUUGGUAUUUUGAAUAUGCUAAAUACUGAGCAAUUGCUAUAGAAACUCAGAUUUUCAUAAGAAAAUGAAAUGGAAGGAUACUGCAUCUUUAAAAAAUAGAGUGAAGAUAUUUUACUGUAUUCGUAACGUGAUAGUGGAUAAAGUAUUUUCAAACAUGCAAGUUUUACAAAGGUUGUAAAUAGUUUGAUGAAGUAUGUUGGGGAAAGAGCUUCUAGUUUUCAUCACAAUAAAAAAAACCUUGUUCAGAUAUGCCUUGUAUAUCUUACACACAAUUAGGGAUAUUGCCAUGGGAUUUCUGUCCCACUGCCUCAAUGUAUGUUCUUUGUGCUCUGUCAAAAUGGAAUGGCCACUUGUUAGGGUUUUAGCCAAGAUGGUUUAAAACCCCAUCAAGUCAUUUUAAACUUGCUAUAGACAACUAAUUCCAAACUCAUAAUGUCGUUUCCUGAAAAAGGAGAAACAGCUAGCUAGAUUUUACUUGUGCUAAGAGCAUCUAGCGAUUGCUCUCUUAGUUAUCUUUCUCCUCAACUAAGUGGUUCUUGAUCACAAAACUGUGCAGGUAUUUUCCUUGUUUAAUUCUGGAGGGAUUGCUUUUAGGUAUAGCUUCAUGUUGGCAAGAUUAAGUGCUGUGGGUAUGGCCACAUGUUAAAUGAAUUUAUACUGGCAACAGGAAUAAGCUAAUGCCCAUUUUCAGAAAUGAAUUAAAUGCUGAAAGUGCCUGUCAAUAAAUAUGACCAAUGAGAUAUUCCUAUACUUUUACACAGCAAUAAUUCAUCAAACUGGAGUUUCCCUGUACAUUUUGAAAACACAUACACACAGAGUAAAUGUAUGCACAUAGUAAAUUGAAUUCGUUCCUAUACCCACAAGGGGGAAAAAAGCAUUUAUCUGUUAGGUAUAAAUAAUCUUAUUUGCAAGAAACAUUUCUUAAUUUGAUUUUUCUUGCAGAAUGUAAGAAUGCAAAUAUGAACAUUAUGGUUUUCUUCAGUGUACACCAGGCGUGUGGCAAUUGCAGUUUUCAAAUGAAAAUUUUACUGUGAUUUGCCCCAAAUUAUGAAACAGUAUAUAUGGCUCAAAAAGUUUUGCUCAGUUAAAAAUACUGGUUUAUUUAGAGCAAAUCACUGAGGGAUAUUUUUCUGCUUUAUUUUAUCCAAUGCACAAAUUUAUCAUUCUGUUUAUUCCUUUUUCCCAAAAUACUUCCUGUUGUCAUCUAAGAACCACUUUGGGAUGAAUUGACAAAAUCACAUGUUCCCAAAAAGUCUACUGAAGUACUACUGAUACUCGGUAAACCUAGCCUUUAGCUAGUUUUGCAGUUAGUCGUGAAAAUUACCUGAUUUAUAUACAGAAGUUCACAAGUUUUUUCUAAAAUUAGUUUACUGCUAGGAGUGGAGUCUUGGGUAGAAAUGUACAACAAUGAGACUAUGUGAAAAGACAUGAACCCUGGAAAUUCUCCAACCCUACCAUCUCAGAGCACAAAUUUCACCCAAACAAGCUGCUGAGGCUAUCAGCAAAAUUAUACACUUUCCAAGCCAAACAUUUGGUAAGAGCAGUUUUAAAAUUAUGACUGUCAUUAAAUCCUCGAGCUUUAGGUGGUGUAGACUACCACAAGAGAGAGUGUUCUCCAGGCCUCGACCACAGGCCUAGAAAACCAUCUACUCUUUGCUCCUCCACAUUUUAGAAGGGAGAAAAAGGAGAAGAAGCUAUACUAGGACAGGAGUUGAAAUAACCAGUAAAGCACACACAGGAAGCUGGUGUGUUCCUUAGUCCCACUGAAGUUAAGUCUUCUGACUGAGCUUCUGUCUGCAUGUUGUCUGAAAAUACCAAAAUGUCUCGGAAGGCCAAAACUUCAAACCAUAAAAAGUAUAGCUGUUCUCUAUUAAACAUGACAUGCCAGACAGUGUGAGACAUUUUUAGACACGUUGCCUCUGAUCUGUACAAUAGCUCUACAUUUUAUGGUUGGGAAACUGAGGUACAAAGAUGAUAUCCAUGGACACAAAGGAAGGAAAUACCAGAGUGGGACUAUGAAGCCACCUGUCUGUGGCUGUGAAGUCUCCAUAAUUUCCACUGUCCCACACAGGAUAUGUGUUCCUGGAAGCCACCUUUUCAUGAUUCUAAGUUUUAUUAUGGGCACCCUGCACAAGUAGUCAUUUUCCAAUCAAGGAGUGAUACAACACAUGAUUUGACAAUGGUGCAGAAUAUUUGAAAUCAGGCCUUUACUGGAAAUUCAUUAUGAAAGAUCAUUAUAAACAAAGAGCAACAACAAGGUAUCUCCCUGAACUUGUCACUUUCCUCUCAGAUGUUUGGCCUGGAGCUUAAGAAUCAUCAAAACUUUUUCCAGUUUACUAGCAUUUUUGCCCAGGUUGAUUUUUCUCAAUUCUACCUAUGUAGACCUGCUAGAAUCUACCUUCGUGGAGCUGGUUGUUAAUUCAGAAUUCACUUGCAGGUGUUAGUAGGGUGGCAGUCACAAACAUCAGCCUUGGUCAGUAGAUAAUUCCUGUUCAGAUUUCUUACUUAACAGCACCAUCUUGAAAUGCUUUAAAUAAUCUUAUAAAUAAUUUGUUUAUAGUAUUGUUAGUUUAAUUGAGUUUUAUGUGAGAAGCUGUCCAACAUCAGAGAAAUGAAAUCCCUUCCCUUCCGUGUAGAACAAGGUCUCUGACAGUAUUGAUUCAUGAAAGUACUAAUGGACUUUGAAAACAUUGAGAGAAUGUUAUUUCUCAUAGUGUUUCGGUUUCUGAAAAUGAGUCCUCUGAAUUAUGAUCUUUCUCCUUGUUACUUGGCUGGGGGAAGAGAUAAAACCUGUAUCAACAAAUUCUCUUCCAUGCUGAAAGCAACUGUUACUUGCAAAUGGGGGCUCUUCUCAGUUAAUUGAGUUUCACCAGCGGUAAUUUCUCAAUGACAAAACCACCACUUUGAGUUGAAAAGAGAUGAAUAGCAGAAAUAAUCACAUCAAUACCUUUUCUUUCUGGAAUUCAUCUCUAGAAAUUUGAAGUGUUUCAGGCCACAGAAUCUGCCCUUUGUGCAAGGCAAGAACCAGUGACCAGUGAAUUAGCUUUUUCCAAAGCAGGUUAACCAGGACUUUCACAGAGAUUCGUUUUUACUGAGAAAUGAGGGUGAACACAGAAGAAUAGGAUUUGGGUCUAAAUCUAGUAGUAAAAAUGUCCAAGCAAUCAAAAAGUAAUAUAUUUUAAGGACAUAGUAAUAUCUUCCCUUUCUGCUAAUUUCAUGCUCUAAAGAUACAACAUAAAACAUAAUAGAAAAUGCUUUUGCCCCGCUCAUGUUUCUAGUUUUUCCAUGGCAGAAUUUAUGAUUACAUCCACACCAUAGAAUAUAUUUUGUUCCUCUAACCUUUAUUACAUUGGAUGGGUAUUGUUGAACUGGGGCACUGGUGCCUAUAUACAAGGCUCUUUCCUAUCAACUUGUCUGUCCACAAUUUGUUGUGUUUAAAGAUUCGUUUUUUAAAACCACUGUCCCCCCAUGGGAUGCUGGCUGUAUUGUUUUGUUCAUGUCUAUGUGGGACACAUUGCAUCACAUAACAAACCAACUCUGUGGAUGUGAGAUAACUACUUAACAAAACCAGCUUAAAAACAUUGUCUUAUGUAUUAUGUCAUCCUGCAUCAUAAUGCAAUUAUGUGUAUCAUGGUCAUUUUUUUUAAAAAAAAGAAACCAGCAAAUUCAUGUUUGUCCAUAUAAGAAUGUACUCAGAACAUUAUGUGUUGUGAAAUGAUGAGAACAGACCACCUUUAAGAUACCCACCUGCCACUUAAAAUGACUUAGUUAUAAUUAGUAGUAGUCUAGACUUUGCUCUUGGUGUGUGGGGGUCAAUUCAAACGUCAUUUUCUUUUGAAUAAAUCUCCCAGUCAUAUUUGAAAAAAUACACAGGAAUAAAGAAAAUAUCCUCUUUGGCCAAACCAAGCAGGCAUCCCUUUUCUUUUUCUUGACAUUUAGCUCAUUAUACAUGGUGAUUGGAUCACAAGAUCUUUCUGUGUAAAAAUACAAAAAUAUUUUUUAGUUUACAAAGCAGUUAUUCUAGGCUUGAAGCCUCUGAACAGCAAAUUGAAUAAAUGAGCUGCAUCUGAUUCACUUUAGGGAUGUAAUUUACAAAAGACUAUUGGGUCUCUGAACCCAGAGAGCUAGUGGGCCCAGAGGAGACCCUACACAUUAAAGGAUAAAGUCCCCCAAUGAUGACGGCAAGCAAAUGUGUUGAAUUCUUAAGUCUUCGUUUGGUUUUCUGUUCAGAGUUUUUAAUUGCAAAUGAAUUUAUUUCUCCGGCUUAUCUAAAGUUCUAAUUUCCUAAUAGUUUCCUCUGCAUUUAUAUACUCUCUAGUGUUUAGGCAAUCCCUGUUAUAAGUUUAUUAAUAUUAUGUAAGUGUUGUUCUUGUAUUUAUGUAUAGUGUAUGUAUUGUAAAUAUAUUCAGAGCUUUUUUCCUUUUACUGUAAAAUGGUGAUUUUUUUUUCCCCUAUGAUAAUGUAAAGGGAGACCCUCCUAAUGAGAUUCUCUCAGAGGAUGAUUAUUCCAGUCUAUUCUCAGAGAUUUAAAUGAACAAGUGUUAUCGUUUUUAAUGGUGUCUCAGACAUAUUCUGUUGGUGCAUUGCUUUUCUGUAUUCAACUUUCCUAUGAAUUGAGCUGUGAACCGAAAUAGAGUUUAAACCUUUAACUGUAUGCAUUUGUAUAAUUAUCUGAAUGAAGGCAUGAAGGUUAAAUAAAGCAUUUUGUAUGGAAUAAAACUCCCUAAUUAUUACUAAGGCUGACUCAGACACUUUGGAAAUCAUAGUUAUUAACCAUCCUAAUUAAACCUUUGUUAUGAAAAGUU